AGUCCAGUUUGUGAAAAGGCCGCUUUAAAGAGCUUCAAACACAUUAAAACCGCUCAAACAGAGCCGCUCUCAGCCUAAACCAGCGGGAUCUGACCGGUACAGCGCGCCCAGCGGCGGAGCGGCGGAGCAGGAGGUGGAGGAGGAGGAGUGUCCGCGCGCGGAGUGCUCAUCACAAACACACGGUAACUGUGGGACACAGACAUUAGAGCCUGCAGUUUUAGAUUCAGCCAGCAGAGGGCAGAUCAGAGGAGAGAGGGAGAAGCAGUGAAUCGGCAGAGAGACUCUGGCUUCACCAGUGAGAGCGUGAUGUCGGCGGUUGAACAGGAGGCCCUGUUGGAUGACAUCACGUGUGUGGAAAUGGAGAAUGACUCUGCAGAUGAGGGGGAGAUGGUGGCGUCUACAGAAAUCUUCGGAGCUGAUCCUUUACGAACUCUGGGAGAAAUUCUAGCUUACUGUCAGGUCAUGUACGGAGCCAUUCAGAAACUGGACGAAAAGUUAGAGCUGCUGCAGGCCAGAGUGACAAACAUUCAGGCAGACCACCCGAGCCCACCGCUUCAUUCUGAAGUUGCCGAUGUGGCCUCCAGUUUCCUGAACCUGCAGCGGCGCCUCAGCUCUCCUCCUCCUUCUCCUCCUGUGGAGGAUAUGAAGCCGGCCGUCUUCAUUCAAAGCCCAGAGAACCAGACGUCCUCUCAGACAGCCUCCGCCUCCACAGUGUCCACCCUCUCAGCUCACGCGUCGCCUCACACCGUGAAGAAAAUGAUCCUAAAACACCAGCGGAAAAAACCACACCACCCCUACAGCAACAGCAGCAGCCCGGCUGAAAGCACAGGAGGCGGGAGGUUCGUCCUCCCCAGCACGUUCCUGAGGAAGGCCAGCACCAUGCCCAAACCCACGUCCGCCGCCCGCUUCCUCCUGCGCAGCGUCUUCUCCCACCAGGAGCUCCUGCAGGGCAGCACCAAAGGAGACCCGGCCAAAGGCCUGAACAUGCUCGACCCGAACAAGAUCGGCGCCAUACGAGAGUGGCUGCAGAAGAGGUACCCCAAACACGACCUGGGUGAGAAGGGCAAAGACUGGAGGGCCUGUCUGACCGUCAUGAACAAAGGAGCCAGAUACAUCCGGCAGAUGGACAAGAAACGCAAGUCAACACUGACGAGUCCAAACGCAGACGAACGGCCCAAAUCUGCUUCCCCGGUUUCCCACAUGGAGCCGCAGCCGACGGCGGAGAUCGACGUGGAGCUUUCAGACAGCGACAACGACGACCUGCAGGGGCAGAACCUGCUGACCAGCACAUUCAGAGCAGAGUCUGAUCCAGAGAGAAGCUCUGACAACGAAGAGUUAUCUGACCAAGAGGACCACGUGUACCUGGGUUGUCCAGACCGAGAGGUGAAGGUGCCCCAGUACGCCAUGUACACAGCCUGGCAGCGGCCCAACGCUCCCCUCGUCGCUCGCUACCUCAUCAAGUUCAUGUUCCCAGAGGACGUGCUCGUGCGGAGCAACGUGUACGGGAAUGCCGAGUACGGCAUGGAGCCGCUGGACCACAACAAGAUCUCAGCUCUGAGGGAACAUCUUUGUGAGCGUUUUCCUGAAAUGAAGCUGGAGGAGGAAGGUCAAGACUGGAAGGCGUGUGUGGACGCCAUCAACAGCUGCAUCCGAAAGACCAGACACAAGUGCAAGAAGCUUCGCCGCUGACCGGCAACACUGUGGAGAUCAGAUGCAAGCAUGUGCGCCAGAACCUUCACUGACCUGUAGCUUGGUUUGAGAGCGACGCCUCACUUUCAAGUGUGGUUUACAGCUUUAGGGAAGGCAAAACUGUUUCACGGCAUUGAGGAUUAUUUCAGUAUAUGGGCAGUAGUUCAGUGUAAGGGCAGUAGUUCAGUGUAAGGGCAGUCUGUCCUGCU